AUGGAGACCUCGAUCCGCUCUUCAAGGCCAGGUCUAGCUUCCAUUCUCACCAUACGUACUGGCAAAGAUGAGGUUUCUCCUAUUCAAAAUGGAUCUGAUCACGGCGGUGAAAUUCGAAAACGUAUGGAUCCACGGCAGGAGCAUGCCGCUCUCCAGAUGAGUCUCUAUUCUCCUGCGUCCCCGGUCUCCAGCGAAUCUUAUGAAUUAAUCGACGAUAUUCCAUCAUACCCGGCCGCAGGAGCCCUUGGGCGGAUCCAUUCCUGGCCGCCUAACUCAACUCAACCAUCGCCAUUCGAGCUAGGGUCGCCACGAUAUGUAUUCCAGUGGACCGACCCAAAAUGUGAAAUGAAGCUUUUGAAGGAAUAUCAUCCACCGGUUUCGCACAUGUCUGACGAUAGCUCGAGUGCGUACAGCCAGUCAUCAGGCUUUGAGCACAAUAACGCCAAUCGACUGAGUAGUCAAAGGUCAGGAUCUGUUCCAUGGUUCCAAUCAAAUACUGCUGGACAUCACUUUAGUUCUUCAAGCACAGUACAAGACAAGCAAAGCGCCCCUUCGCCCACUAGAUCUAUUCGAUAUAGGGAUAGAGUAGGCGAUAUGUUUAGGAGUCGAAAACCUCGGUCGCCAGCCGAAAACAAUAGACCAGCGGGCGAAGGAGAGCUAAGUACUCUUCAAGAGAUGCUAGAAGAGGAACAAAAGAAGCAUGAGAACACCAUACGUAAUGAUCCAAGGCGAAGUCGCGGGUUCACUGAGUCGGAGCUAGACCUGGGGGGAGAUCGACCUCUAACCAUUCGAACAAGACAGCUUUCAACCGACCUGCAGUCACCAAAGCGAAGCUCCAUGCUCACCAACAUGCGCGAGAGCUUUUCACGAGGGAUGGAAGAAAUAUCCUCACCAAAUCAAAGCAAAAACUUCAGCACACCAACAUUCACUUCCCCCAGCAAUAGCAACCAUUCCAAAGUUGCUUUUACACGCAAUGUGAGUUUGUCUCAAGGAAGAGACGAUUCUCCAAAUGAUAUGACUUCCCCACGACCAUCCUUGCCACACCAGGCAAAACGGUCAUUCGGCAGUGGCAGACACCCACUCAAAACCCCUUUUCCCUUUGCUGCUAUUCAGGAACACUCUUCUUCUGAAGAUGAAGCAAUUAAAAGUCACUCUACACCAGGAAAGUUCAACAGGAAGCUCUCAGAUGCCGUCAAAAGCAUAUCGAAAAGCAGGAGUACACGCGACUCGCCCGUGCGGAAGAAAAAUGUCAUCCCGAAUAGACAAAGGACUCCAAAUGGGCCAGAUACCCCGCUGCCAAUGGUGUCCGGAUUUAGCGAGCAGAUCUCCGAGGCGGUUGCGACUGCAAAGAAAAGCCUUCAUGUUAAGUCCUCGGAUGAGAAGAAGAGGGAGUGUUUGAAGAAGAAGAUUGUAGUGCUAGGAAUUACGGAUCAGAAUCCUGGUAUUUUCUCUUCGUUGAGUAACUUGUAG